AUCUUUAGGGAAUCCCUCUGCGUGGCAAAUGUGAAAUUUAUGUAAAACGACACAAAAUGUCCAGAUAUCUUUCAGAUCAGACGGGCGGAGGAUGAGGCGUUUGCGUCAAGAAACUGGACAUUAAGUGGACAACACUGGGCACAGAGACUGAUUUAUCUGACCCCUCCUCCCAGCCCCAUCCCUGUCUGCCCCACCCCUGAGCUGAAAUGAAGGUGGAGGUGGUGAGAACCCCCAGGAAAUGGAGCUGUCUCGUCAUCAAUGUCCACAUCAACAUGUUCCUGUAUGCUACUUGCUGGGCCAUACAGACUAAUACACUGCCGUAUCUCAGCAAGAACCUAGGAGCCGACCCUCUCAUAUUUGGCUACCUCCAGAGCACCUGUGGAGUAGCCCAGUUGUUUGGUGGAAUUCUCUUUGGUAGAUUUGGCGAUGUGUUUGGGAGUAGAGUGGCCUUGACCUUGGCCUUUCUGGCAGCAGCCAUGUAUUACUUCAUGCUGGGAGCUGCGUACUCACUGCCGAUGUUGUUCGCCUCCAGUUUGCCAAGUCUUCUAAUGCAUUGUAUGACAGGUGGUCAGAUGGUGAUAACAGACCUCACUGACAGUGAGCGGAGAGCCGACGCCCUGGGAAAACUGUGGCUGUCGUACGGAAUGGGGUCCGUUAUUGGGCCAUUCAUUGGUGGUUUUGUAAACAAGCACUACAGUGAACAAACAGCUGCGUUUGUGGCGUGUGCAGGGUCAAUGUUAAGCGUGGUCCUGGUGUGGUGUUUUGUUCCCCACAACACCAAAAAACUGGCACCAACUGCAGCUGAACUGGAUGAUGUGGAGCCAAGUGAUCAAGACAAAGAGGCCGUAAAAGAACCUCCUGAGAACAAAGGCAGCAGUGUUUGUGAUAUAAAAAAGCUUUUCCGCUUAUUAACCAUUCCUGAUGUGGGGUUCUUUCUUGCAGUAAAAGCUUUAUCAGGAAUGCCGUAUGCUGUAUUCCAGUCCAUGUUCCCAGUGGUGGCAAUGACAGUGUUUAAUUUACCUGCAGAUAAAAAUGGAUAUAUUUUAUCUUAUCAGGCAGUUUUAACGAUGCUCUCUCAAGGGUUUGGGGUUGGGUUUCUGACAUCAAGAUUCAGUGACGGUGCCCUCCUCAAGUUCUGCUUUGUGAUAUUUACCUUGUCAUAUUUAUUGAUGGCUCUGGUUAAGGACGUGAUCCUAGUGUGCAUUGUGAGUACUCCACUGACCAUAGGUGUGGCAGUUCUCGUGGUGACCACUACCAGUGAGAUGACCAAAGUGAUACCAGAAGCAGAUACAGGCUCCAUUCUUGGUCUGUCAAUGGCUGUGGAUUCUCUAGGUGGUAUCAUCUCCCCGACACUGGGCGGGUUCUUACUGAAGACCGUGGGGUUCUACGCCUUUGGAUACCAAGGCUGCAUCUGUAGCCUCUUGGUUGCCAUUGCACUCUUUUGGAAGCUGAAGGAUUAAGGCAUAUGUCAUAUAUCUACCUGUCUGUCUGUCUGUCUGUCUGACUAGUAUUUGUCAUUUUAAAGUUACAUUUGAAUGUCUGUGGAGCGUGAGUUCCCAGUUACACAUAUAAACCACUUCUGUUAGUUUCUUAUAUGAUUAAAAUUAAGUUGACAUGCCAAGGGAUAAACCAAAUUAAUCACUGGAUCAGCCAUAAGAGAGUUUUAAACUGCCCAUUCUAAUUUUUGUUGUAAAUUUGACCUACUUAUCUGCCCCAUUGGUAUACAGCACAGAACGCAAGCAGAAAAAUCAGUUCAAAUUUUAUUUUUGGGUUUUGGGUUCAUAUUAAAAUAUGAAACAAUGUCUUAUGGUAUUUCUGGAAGUUAUACUAUUUGAAACUAUAUAGUGGCAUUUGUUUGGCUUUUGUGGCAGAAAUGACUUCAAAGUAUUUUUAAGUAUGUAUGUGAUGUGUGGUAGGAUAGAUAGAUAGAUAGAUAGACAGAUAGAUAGAUAGAUAUAUACAUUGAGAGAGAUAUGAUUUUACACAUUACACCAUACAAUAUUGAUUAGCUAGUUAACUAGUGCGAUCAACCCUAAUUUUGAAGAAAUCACAUUUUUUUUUGCACAAGUUUUUUAAUGUAAAAAAUAUGGAUAGGGUCUUGGUAAAUUUACUAUAAUAUUUGACCCUAGCAUAAACCUUUUUUGUGCUCUAAGAUUGCCCAUAUUGCACAUUUAACAUGCUCCUACCCCUUUUAAAAAAGUAAUUAAAAGCUGCUGUGCUAUACCUGCUAAAUCAUUUGUUCAAAAAAAAAAAAAGAUAAAAAAUACGUCUACCUGUUCUAUUUACAGAUAGUAACUGCUCUUUUAUUUACCAGUUUAUAUAUUUAUUUUGUCUAGCCUAACAUAUAUUAUAUAUUGCAUUUAUAAUUUAUUUUAAAAAUUGGUUGAAGCAGCUUUUAUAUAAUUAUUUAAUUUGUUGGUCUUCAAUGCAGUCAUUGCAGCUCAUAAUAUCAAAAAAAUAGUAGCUUAAAGGUGCUAGUAUUGUUUGCUUUGGUGCUUAUACAUGUACAUAAACCUUUGUCAUGCUCAGAAUUACAUCUAGGCUUUUGGCUCACUAAAAUACACAAGACGUAUUUUCCAGCCACUCAUUGGCCUCGUUCAGAAUAGGGGACUAACUAGUCCAAUGGUCAAAUAUGGCCGACCCACUUGAAUACUUCCCCA